CUGCACUACGGGACCCUCCUGGGCAGCAGAGCUUGUGUCCACAUGGCAGCAGCUGCCUGGGGCGCUGGGUUUCUCCAUGCUCUGCUGCACACGGCCAAUACAUUUUCCCUGCCCCUCUGCCAGGGCAAUGCUGUGGACCAGUUCUUCUGUGAAAUCCCACAGAUCCUAAAGCUCUCCUGCUCAGAUGCUGCCCUGAGGGAGCUUGGACUUCUUGUGUUUAGUGUCUUUUUAGCAUUUGGCUGUUUUGUUUUCAUUGUGGUGUCCUAUGUGCAGAUCUUCAGGUCAGUGCUGUGGAUCCCUUCUAAGCAGAGAAGGCACAAAGCCUUUUCCAUGUGCCUCCCUCACCUGACCGUGGUCUCCGUAUUUGUCAGCACUGCAAUGUUUGCCCACCUGAAGCCCCCCUCCAUCUCCUCUCCAUCCCUGGAUCUGGUGGUGUCAUUUCUGUACUCAGUGGUGCCUCCAGCACUGAACCCCCUCAUGUACAGCUUCAAAAACCAGCAACUCAAGGAUGCAGUGUGGAAUCUGAUAAUGCAAUGGUUCUCUGAAGCAAGGAAAUGCUCAUCAUCUUCUGCACAGCAGUUAUCAUGCAACUCAUGGCAGACCUAG